AUGGCGCCGAGCUACAUCGACUCCAAGGGAAACCUCCACGACAAGGCCCCUUGGCAUCAUCAAGUCCUCGUCUUUAUGCAGGAAGCCUGGCUUGCUUUGUGGCUCUUCUUCUCCACUCUGAUCAACGUCAGUCCACACUGAGGCCGCUGUCCGAACGUCUGUUGGCCGAAGCUCUGGAGAGCGCCAGCAGACUGAGUGUCUCGGACGCAGGAGCUGACACCGUCUUACAUCUCACAUAGCCAACUGCAAGUAGAAGAAUCCCUGCAGGGCGCUCGAUGCGAGACACGAGGAGACGAAUCCGAGACGAACAGCAAGCGAGGAGGCCGUCGUCGGCGAGCUCGAGUUCAGCCCAUGCAUCGGUACGGGGCGGCACUUCAGGAGGCAACAGUGGCCGAGGAGGAGGAGGAGGAGGACCAACACCUGCGAGAGGAGCUCGGACCAUGA